GAUCAGGAAUUCGUAAUAUACUGUUAUAAAAUUGAUAUAUCAUUAUUGAACUGAUGGUUUUAAUAGGACCACUUGCAUUAAAUUAACGUUUAGUAAGGGCUUGGCACCGGCCCAAUGGCCAGUUAUGGAUGUAGGCCUACGUCAGCGCAUCAAGUUUUCCCGCCGCACUUACCUAUUUGUGGUGGCAUAUCUGCUUCUGGCUAUAGUGCAGUGGUUAGUGGUUUGUUUGAUAGAUUAUACUCGUGACACUUUUCGUGACAGUGAAAUAAUUUGCUUUAUUAACUUCAUCCUGGCCAUUAUACUGUUUCUCGUGUUUGUAUUGGUCGAACAAGUCCGGCACAUCAAAAUUGUCAACUAUAUUUUGGCCUUUGUCAUCGUGGAGCUGCAUAUUAUUUCGUUGUUCGUUCUGGUAGCCCGUACUUGGGUGCCAGAAAUAAUUGGAUACUUCUUGAUCUGUUUGGGCUUCUUCAUUUUGUUCCUGACCAUUGGCUGCAACCUGCCAUUUUCUAUGGAUCUGACCGUGCACGUGGCCCACCUUUUCAUACUGACCUUCAUUCUUUUGAUUGUCUCUGUGUAUUUCUUAAUAAUGCAUCUCCAUUUAACAGAAUUGAUACCAUACGCCUUUCUACUCUUUGAAAUGAGUCUCUCUGUUGUUGCAUUCUUGUUUGUUAUGCUUCAUGCCCAGACUAUCAAGGGCGAUCGCUAUGCCCAGAUGAGUAACCGCGAUACUCUGCUGGCCUCAUUGAUAUUGUUUCACGAGUUUCUGAUAGUCUACACGUUGACUUUCUAUUGGCAAAUCAACUAUGCCUACUUCACGCCCGAAGAGUACUCUUUGCUCACGGAGAGUAGUAAACAAGAGUCUAUUCGUCUAAACUAUGCUGAUUACGGAGAUGAAACUGAUAAUGAGCCUGCGCCUGCUGAAAUCAGUGAAGCCAAUGUCGAUGCUAAUGGCCCAUCUGAGAGAACCAUAGUUUUUGCACCCGUUAUCGAAGCUCGCGUUGGCGAUGCAGAAGCCUGGAAUGGUACUGGUACUCAUCGAGAGAAUGGAAAUGCGAUCACAGAUAGUACGGAUAAAUCUCCUAAGAUUCCUUUGAAUGUCGUGGUUAGACAAAGAGACGCCGGAACAGACUGAACAAACUCCUGCCCCAUGGAUAGACAGCUAUGUAUUCCACUAACGAUCUGCGCAGCUAUCGGAAGUCUCGACGGAAGUUUGCUCUGAAGACCUAUCUCUUGCUGUGCGUCUGGUUAUUCAUGGCCCUUAUCCAGUGGACAAUUUUGUGCCUUUU